GUUUAGCUAAAUUUAACGCCCGGAGCCGCAACCUGUCCUCAACUUCAACCCAAACUUCAACUUCCAAAGACAUGGGUACGUCCGUCAACGACCUCCCGACAUGACAGAAAAGACAAGGGAGGCUAGCAAGACUAUUGUCUUCUUGCAUCCCGACCUAGGCAUAGGCGGCGCCGAGAGAUUGGUCGUCGACGCGGCCGUUGGCUUGCAGAAUCGCGGGCAUAAGGUCGUUAUAUUCACCAGUCACUGCGAUCCGAAACAUUGCUUCGACGAGGCGAGGGAUGGCACCCUCGACGUCCGCGUCCGCGGCAACACCAUCGUGCCCCCGUCGAUCCUCUCGCGCUUCAGCAUCCUGUGCUCCAUCCUGCGGCAGCUGCACCUGAUCCUGCAGAUCGUGCUCAACUCGGAGCUGCGCACGCUAAACCCCGACGCCUUCUUCGUCGACCAGCUCAGCGCGGGGCUGCCGCUCCUGCAGCUCGCGCACCCGCGCGCGCGCGCCCUCUUCUACUGCCACUUCCCGGACCUGCUGCUCGCGCAGGGCCGGCGCCGCUGGUGGAAGCGCGUCUACCGCGCCCCCUUCGACCUCUGGGAGCAGUGGAGCAUGAGCUUCGCCGACGCGAUCGCCGUCAAUUCGAAUUUUACGAAGGGCGUUGUGAGUAGGACGUGGCCCGCGCUCGCGCGGCAGAAGGAGCUGGACGUCGUGUACCCCUGCGUGGACACUAAGACGAAGAAGGAGAAGACCGAGGCGGAUAGGCCGUUGUGGAAGGGCAAGAGGUUUUUGCUGAGCAUCAAUCGCUUCGAGCGGAAGAAGGAUAUCGCGUUGGCGGUGAAGGCGUUCGCGGGACUGAGCGCAGAGAAAAGGAAGGGCGUUCGUCUUGUUGUGGCGGGGGGUUACGACCCGCGUGUUUCGGAGAAUGUGGUUUAUCAUAAGGAAUUGGUGGAUCUGACGGAGGGCUUGGGAUUAAGCACUAUGACGGCGAAGACGCAUCUUACCGCUCUGGAAGUCCCUGAUGACGUCGAGGUGCUCUUCCUGCACUCCGUGCCGAACUUGUUGAAGGAGAUGCUCCUCUCCUCGGCCCGACUCCUGGUAUAUACCCCUGCAAACGAGCAUUUCGGCAUCGUGCCCCUCGAGGCUAUGCUCGCCGGCGUCCCCGUCUUGGCCGCGGACACAGGUGGUCCGACGGAGACCGUAGUCGAAGGAAAGACGGGAUGGCUACGAUCCCCCGCUAAGGUGGAGCAAUGGACGGAUGUCAUGGACAAGGUGCUAAACCACAUAUCCGAAGACGACUUUGCGGCGAUGUCGAAAGCAGGGAUCGCGAGGGUCAAGGAAAACUUCGGCGAGGCUCAUAUGGCGGAGCGCUUGGACUCGAUCGUGGACCAGGCCUUGCGCCGGCCUAAGUCGUGGUCGUGGACGCCGACGGUGGCGCUUGUGCUAGGUACUUUAGGUGCUGUUGGUGCUGUACUGGCGGUUAUUGGCGGAGUACUGCUCCAGAGCGAGUAAAGAAUAGGCGAAGCUAGAUUCCGUAGCAUGUUUAAUUGGUAUGCUGCGUUGCAUUGUAGUAUAUUUGAAUGCGAUGGAUAUCCAUAAUUGACCAUAGUAGCGCCAUAUUCUCUCAUGGAUUCAUGGCAGACUGA